AUGGCCAAAAAUAAGAAACUGAGUAAAAAGGAAAAAGCUAAAUUGGAAGCUGAACAAGCUGAAACACUUCGCGUUGAGGCGGAAAAGGAACGGUUAAAGAAAUUAGAAGAGGAUAGAGAACGUAAAAUGCGUGAAAGGCGAGAUGCAAAGAAGAAGCAGGAACAAGAGGCUGUUGAGAAUAAGUUGAGACGUAUUCAAUUGCGAGAAAGCUUCAAUUCUUUAAAGAAAGCAAAACGAGAAAUCAAAAAGCUUCUCGAGGAAGAGAAAUUAAAAAUUGAAUGGGAGCAGUACAUGCGAUGCAAUGGUCUACCAAAUGCCAGUGAUCCAUCAGACUUGAGAAAAUACAUCCACAUGUGGGUUGAAGACUUUAAAAAUGUGAGCAAGAAAGAAAUCAAUUGGCUAUUGAAAGUCAACGAGCAGAGCAUUCUGACGCAAGACCAAACCAUACCCGAUCUCUCGAAAGCCAAUUUACUUAAACUUCAACCUGAUGUCGGUGAAAUGUAUGCGAGGCGUGCAUCUGAAGUACUUGGAAUACUCGACGAAAUGGAUGCAAUCUUACGAGAUCAAUAUUCAUUGUCGCCAUCGAAACUAAAAGAUUUGCUUGAUCUAAAACUGGAAAUCCGUUCAAUCCUAGCGUCAUUUGUCGAUGAAUUUACGUUCAAGAUACUAAGCAAUAUUGAACGCAAUAUGAAUCUAAGUGGAUUGAAUCAAGCGACAUAUAAAUUUGAAUCGACUGUAUUCAAAAUGGAAUUGUAUACCGUACGGGAUAUACCAUUACCAGCAAAUGCAUACAAUCCAAAGGAAAAGCUCAAAGAGGAGAAAACAAAUAUAGAAUUUUCCAUGAUUCAAAUGAGCUUAUCAUUGCCAUCGUCUGUGAAAUGCAUAAAUUCAGCUGUAAGAGGUUUAUGGGUAAAUUAUGAUCAUUUGAGUGAUUACUGCUUCAGCACAAUAUUAACAUACGAUGAGAGUGAGAGAAAGAAAUUAACAUUGAGAAAAACCACAAAACGUGAAUGGAAGAAGAGGAAGGAAUUGCUUCAAAAGGCACUAUUUCAAAUAUUUCACGAGAAGCCGGAUGAGAAUGCGGAAACAGAUGCCAACCAGCCACGACAAAUUGACAUCGAUAAAAUGUAUACAGAAUAUGAAGACGAAUUGAAUGCAAUUGAGCGUCAAAGAAUGGGACCGGAAGCUCUUAAUCUCGGUGAAUUUGAAGUGAAUUUGAGGCGAUAUAAAAUUGUCGGUGGGGUUUUUCAAAUUGAAUAUUUAGAGCAGCCACUUCAGGAUGUCAAAACGGAUACUGGCACACUCAUGAGGACACUAAUUCAUCCAGUCAAUUUAAAAAAGAAAGACUUCCACUACCCAUAUCGAGCACCAGAAGCACACAAAGCAGGUCAAAAACGUACGCCAGAAGAAGUGGAGCUUGAAAUAAAGAAUAUGGAAGAAAAUAUGGAGAAGAUGGUCCUUGUAAAUGUUGAUCUACCAUCUCACAUUUCCUGGUUUGAGCCGCCCGUUGUUUGUCGCUUUGAGAGCGAAGAAGAGUCCUUACAAAUGAAACGAUACGACGAGGAGCAGUCGAAGAAGAAAAAGCGCGAUGACGAUGAUUUAGAUGAGGCGGAGGAAGAAGUAGUCAUUCAACCAAAAAAGAGAGAAAAGCCUGUGAAAAAACCAUCGAAAGAUCGUGACGUAAAGGUCGUUGAGGAUUUCAAUCUUCUUGACGUACCGAAAAAAGUCAAUUUGAAGCCAUUAUUUGAGGAUUUUGUAAUUCCCAUGAUACCAGAUGGAUAUGAAAUUAAAUUUAAACCGAAAAAGACGUCAACAGCAUUCAUCGAUAGUACUCAACGAAAGAGUUGCUAUGUCGACCGAAUCUAUUCAAUUGACGAAAUUGUUUAUCAGACACGUCAACCGCGUGCAUUAUUUCCCACAUGUAAAACGAAAAGGAUUUUAAAAGUUGUUAAGCAACGUUCAGGUUCAGGUUAUGAAUUAUUAUUGUCAUCUACAAUAGGCGGAAACGAUGCCUCAAGCGAGGAAGAGAAUGAUGAGAGUAUGUAUAGUAUGGAGUCAGAUCCAAACCUUUCAUCACAUCAAUUGAAUGUUUAUAUGUUCUCAAAAUUCAUGCGAGAUCUUGAAGACCUCAUUGACAUGUCAAUUCCAUCAAUUGAGAAGAAAAUUGCAGAAAUGUCAUCGAAUCUCACAACGGUAACAGAAACGCAUGAUAAAAAGUCAACAGCAAUUGACCGUAAGGACUCUGGGAUAUCAUUAAACAAGUCGAAUGCGAAACAUGUUGUGGACGAGACAUCAGAAGAUUCAGAUGGUGAAUCGGAAGCGGAGGAUGAUGAUGAGGAUGAAAAUAGGGAAAUAGCAAAAAAUACUUUAAUCGAUAAAAUCGUAAAGGAUGCAAAUAUGAAGAGAUGCCGUGGUAGAUGGAGUUCACGUGAUAUUCAUGACGUAAAAUUCAAUGAAGAUAAAUUAACUAUUCAAUUUCGGACAGGACGUUUAGGCUUAUUCGCAUUAGCUGCUAAUCGCUACUGCAAUUUUCCAUUUCAAUCAUGGGAUAUUAAGCCUGACUUGAAAAUACCAGGGAUAAUUAAUUUCACAUUAACAGCAGCUCAGCUUGUAAUGGAUGUAACUGUCACUGAAAAGGGUAUUACACUCAAUACACUUCAGGGUUCCAAUAAUCCAAAUGUUCUAUCAACAAUCAUCGGAUCGACAUUGAAACUAGAUGAAUUGAUAAAACUUAUGAGGAACACAGCAUGUGAUGUAUUUCCAUCAGAUGAUGCUUUUUGCUAUACGGAGAGUUCAUGUGAGAAAAAUUAUGUCAUGGAAAUGCACAUUUACUCGUGUAUGGCGUAUUUUGCAUCGUCACAUAAUUUUGCGUGGAGUCGAUGGAACUUUCAGGCUGGAUCGAGAACGGCUAUCUUUUUGAUGCGAGAAUUGCUGGAGCAUCGAAAGUUGCCAAAUCAAUCAACCGUUCAUGCAACACCUUUCAAAGCAUGCCUCAUCGACUGUUCAGAAGUUUCACCAAAUUAUUGUUCAACACCCUUAUCGAAUAUGGAUUACUAUGCCGAUUUAUUUCAGCUCAUUUCAUCGUCCAUUCAGCAAGUGUCAAAGACAAAAAUGGAGAUUAUGAAUUCAUUAUUGAGACAAAAUGUCUUUGAGCUACUUAAAUCUAUUCGACCAUUAUGUUUCUGUUAAUAUGCGGAAGUGAUGUGAGAUGGACGAUGAUUGGACGUGAUGGCAUUUGUCAUGAACGUUUUGAGAAAUGUUCUUAGCAGAAGUGAUGAAUUAGAAAUUUUUGAGUUGACUUUUAUGAAAUUAGCAUUGAGUUUGUAGACUUGUUUGAAGUUAUCACUGAGUUUGUAGACUAGUGUGAAGUUAGGAUGACUUUUUAAAAUAAUUUAAAUUAUUAAUAUGAUUUUAUUGAUUUUUUGAGCAAGCUACAUUAAUUAUUAAUAUAAACAUCAUGUUCGACUAGCUUCUAAUUGACAGAAACAUAUAAAAUUUUAAUUUUAUGCUCAAAAAUUUGUUUUACU